AUGGGAGGAUUGUGGAGUGUGGUCGAGCAGGGCGAGGUGGUCUUUGACGAAGCAGGGGCGGCGAGGAAGCUGGUGCUCAAGGGCGUCGUGCUCGACAUCCCGCCCGCCGAGGAUCUCCUGGAGGCGGUCGUCUUCCACGCCAGACCCGAGGAGGAGCCCUACCUCCUCGACCUCCGUGGGCCUCAUAUUGCAUGGGAAUCUGUUAACCUGAUGAGGGUCUGGUGCAAAAUGUGCAAAAUGUGCAAGGCUGAGUGUAGAAUGGAACUUACUGUGGAGGCGUCGCGCGUGGACCCCGACGCCAGGGGGAACUUCGGGAUCGUGUGGAUCCGGGGAAUUCCCUUCGACCUCUCCGUGACAGCUGAUUAUCGGAAAGUGAUCGACGUUCGCGACCGGUUCGGGAAGUCGGCCUAUAAGAUCGACCUCCGGAGCUUCGAACACAUGACGAUGAGGGAUAUCGAGGAUGACCCCACUUUGGUCCCGGAACCUCCCGAAGCCAUCGACUGGUCCGUGGCUGACCGACGACCCCUCACCUCCCUGGCUCUUAACAUCUCCGCCCGCGCUGUGGUGGUGACCGCCAACCGAGAGAGGCAGGUCUCGAACAGGACCGCUGCGAGAGGAUUGCCGGAGCAGAUGUGGCUGGUCGGGGCGGGUCUGCACCUGUUGGUUCUGAAUCCUUGCACGGCCGAGGUUACCCUGGACAAAGUGUUCCCCACAGGCGAACCCGGCGCCUACAGGGACCUCACGUGGACCCUGGGAAACAUCCAGGACAACAGGGUGGUCGUCGUUGCCUCUGUCCACGACGGGUCCCUCCAGCUGUCCUCCGCGCGGGACCACCUCGAAGCCCUCGGCUCUGAGUGGGUCAGGUACUACUCCUACAGGGACGCCUGGGCUUGGGUCUUCUCCAAGGGCGGCGCGACUCUCGGGAGUGGUUUCGCGCCCAACACCCGCACCUUCGACAAGGCAGCGUCGCCCUUGCUCAUGGAGGUGGACGUCCCUUGGGAUCCCCCGCGUGACAAGGAAGAAGGCGAAGGAGGAACGACCGGUCAUGGAGAAAUGGAGGACGAGGGUACGAGCGACUCACCCACGGAAGAAAAGGCAGUCGAGGAUGACUUGGCCCGCGGGGAGAGGUUAGAGAAGAUGACCUCCGGUGCCCCAGUGACCGUAUCCGAAUAUCUGACACAGCGGCGGGAAAGAAGCAGCAAGGAGAAGAAAGGAGAAGCGAGAAAUAAAGACGAGAGGGAGACGGCGAUCGGAGACGCAGAAGCGAGCUGUGAAGAGAUCUGCUCCUCAUGGCCGCCGACGCAGGAGUGGCAGCACCGUCGGGCCUUCUGCGCCUCCCACGACGGCUUCGGCGAUCUGUGCAGCUGCGAGAAGCCCUUCGUGGUCAACGAGGAGGACGUGGUGCCCAAGCCGACCACGUGGCGCGAAGAUAUACCAAUCCUCGUUAUCACCGGCGGAAGAAUACACUAUCUGUUCAGAUUGCUGCAGUCCCUGGGGAGGCAACCUGGCGUCCGUCGCGACCUCAUACUGCUCGUCACAGAUGGACACAACAAAGAGGUUGCGAAGUUGGCGCACAUUCUACGCCUCAGCCUUCUGGUCCACAGACCCGAAGGCGUGAUUCCCGCCAAAAUCUCCAGGAAUGUCCGAUUCGGUCUCUUCAAUAUCAUGAGGAAGUAUCCGAAAGCAGAUAAGUUUAUUGUGUUGGAGGACGACUUAAUUCUCUCUCCUGAUUUUUACGCCUACAUGCAGCAGACCAGCUGGAUUCUCGAGAACGACCCGACCGUGUACUGUGUCUCCGCCUUCAACCACCUCUCCUACGCCCACACCGCCCACGACGCGACCCAGCUCUACCGCGCCCACUCCUAUCCCGCCUAUGGGUGGAUGAUGGACAAGAAGGGCCUGGAGUUCAUCCUGCCGAAGUGGCUGCCGAGUAAUGUGACGCACGACUGGGACCACUUCAUGGACACAGACAUCCUGAGGCGAGGUCGAGAGUGCAUCAUUCCAGACAUCAACCGAUCCUACCACGGGGGCGCCAUCGGGGCUCACCUCACGGCAUCCUGGGCCACGGAGAAGGACUUCCUCAACCGGACCUACAAUCUCGAUCCCGAAGUCGUCCUUAUGGAUCCUUCGCGACUUCUCCUAAAAGAGUACGAGCAGGAAAUGAAGGCCCUGUUUGCGAGAGCCGAAGUUGUGGACACUGACGGCCUCGACGACGCAAACUUCACCUUUUCCGUGAAAGAGGGAGGCGUGUACGUCAUCUACGCCUACAAGGAAACGACUGAGGAUGAUUUGGCAUUCAGAGUCCUUGGGGAUGUCCUGCGGGUAUGGAACCGCGACGACCGGGAUGCGCACGACCACACCUGGAGGCUGAGCUACCACGGGCGCCACGCUCCUGGUGGUGGGCGUCCCCUUCUCCAAGUACUCGUCGUACCGGCCCGGAGGAAGAACGUGUUCGGGGUGUUUCCGGAGUCGAAGGUCGACCUCCAGCGCGAGGACCUGCGGGUUCGUAUGGGCGCGAUGCUGAGCACUCACGCCAACAUGACCAAUUUACCCUACCACGACGCCCCCGCCAAGUCCAUCCACGCGGGUGAUGCCCUGUAUCUGUACCAGGCCAUGAAACACCGCAUGUCGAUCUCCUCGGGUACUUCUUCGUCGCCUUCGUCGGGAGCGGAGAUCGAGGACGCGACCGAAGCCCCUGUGGAAGCGAACGGACGAACACUGUCGUCUACGGAAGUGUCGACGGAGGGGGCGCCCGGUGGUAGCGCAGUGACUUCAGGUUCCACAGGGGGUUUCGGGCCUUCUGCGGGUGGUUCCCCGUCCGUAGAGGCAACCGAGGAGAAGGCUGCAACUCCGGAGGGAACAGACACCGAUAAAACAUCGACGAAAGACCCUAAACAUGACGAGACGCUCGAGAAAGUACAGCCAACCGUUCCUGGAGAGAAUCGCCAUGUUUUUAAGCGAGCUGUAGCCUCUCCACCCUCAGUAGAAGAAUCUGGAACAACUAGCGAAAGAUCUACAGACUUACUGGAGAAAACUACGAGAGCCGUUCAUUCCCUUGGUACCGAUUUCCCCAUUUGUACCAGCGCCACCAAACAAUCCAACACAUGUGGAAGGAUUCAAGAAUGACACCAGUGGAAAUGCGAAAGAAAAACCUGCAAAAACAAAAUUCAUCGUAGGGAAAGUGCAGCAGAUUUUAUAUUACACAGACGUCACCAAUAACUUCACGUAGAUAGCAGCGUGCAAUUUCAACACUAUUAUUUCAAUCUACAAG